UAGCACCGCGGUCACACCUGGUGCCACCACUAGCUCAGCUGGUGUAUACAUUCGCAACUGCCGAAAACAAGCGAGAAAAUGCGACGCCGCGAACUGCAGACCAUCCAGCUGAAGCUGUCCGAUCUCAAAGAGUACGAGCAGGCCAAGAUGGAGCGUCUGAGGAGCCGGCAGCAGUUACUUACCCCCCGGACGCCCACGCCCCCGUCCGACAGCGAGGUGCUGCCGGCGACCUCCGGUAGCGUUCCGGCGGUUCUCUUGGCCACCAGCGGCAACGAACCGGACGAGGAGACCGAGGAGGCCGCCAAGUCGGAGCCCACCACCAAGCCCAGCACAUCCUCCGCCUAGGAUCAGCAUUACCAGACGGAUUUUUAACACCUUGAUCGUCACUACCUCAAUGGAUGAAUAAGCACCUUAGUUUUACAAAUCAAAUAAUUUAGAAUCUUCACCGUCUAUUUAAUUUAGGUGGUAGUUCACUACUAUGUAUUAAGUGUAUUUAAU